AUGUCUCGAUCUUCAGCUAGAAUGCCUCGAGAAGAGCCGGAUCUCACCGCACCUGAACAAGUUUUGGCAUCGAUUUUUCGGAGCUACGGUGACUACAUCAAUUCACUUCUUGAAGGAGCGGCUGUGGUUGGGAAAUCGUUAUGCGAUUUCUUUGGACUGCCCUGUGACUCGAUCUGUUCGGCCUUCUCCACCGUCUUCUCCAUCCUCCUCGCCAUCCUCAACUUCCUCUUCCAGCUGAUCUCCGGCCUUGGCUACCUUGUUCGACGUCUCACUCGAUCGGAUCCCCUUCAAUUUCUCCUCUAUUCAGCGAUUCCCUGGAUUGGUGCCUUUAUUUACUCAAUAUUGUCAUUUUUCAUCCCACAAUUAGAUUUAUUCAAAAAAAUCUUUUAUUUCCUCUUUCAUCCAAUACAAUUCUUUCUUGACCUCUUUGCGAAAGUUGAUCAAAGAGCUGAACGAGUUCGAGAUAUUGUUGGUGUCAUUGGACCAAGAAAUACCCGUCCUGCAUCAAGAUUACUUUGUUAUAAGUGUCAGAGACGGGAAAAGACUUGUCUACUCACACCUUGUAAUCACUUUUGUAUGUGUGAACCGUGUUACAAUGAAAUGAUCGAUCCCAGGACUCCAAUGAAACCCCAGUGCCCACAGUGUCAAGCCCCAGUAAACUCGUUUAUAAGAAUUGAUUUG